AUGAAACAGCCGACUUCCCCUUCCCUGGGGGUGCCUGGCUGCAGCGGAGCUGGCUCGGGAGGAGUAACGCUAACCGCGGCGGCUGACUGCGGUCGCCGGAGCCAGGUGCUCUUCCCGCCGGCUCCCGCGAGCUCCGGCUCCUCACCUGGCUCAGGGAGAGCUUCUAAGCUGCAGCGCUCUCCUGGCUUCCUGCCAGUUCCUGUCCCCCGGCCGAGCUCCCCCGUCACCGGCCGCUCGGACGUCUCGGAGCUCCCCCGUCACCGGCCGCUCGGACGUCUCGGAGCUCCCCUGUUACAGUCCGAUCAGACGUCUCGGAGCUCCCCCGUCACCGGCUGCUCGGACGUCUCGGAGCUCCCCUGUUACAGUCCGAUCAGACGUCUCGGAGCUCCCCCGUCACCGGCCGCUCAGACGUCUCGGAGCUCCCCUGUUACAGUCCGAUCAGACGUCUCGGAGCUCCCCCGUCACCGGCCGCUCAGACGUCUCGGAGCUCCCCCGUCACCGGCCGCUCGGACGUCUCGGAGCUCCCCCGUCACCGGCUGCUCGGACGUCUCGGAGCUCCCCCGUCACCGGCCGCUCGGACGUCUCGGAGCUCCCCUGUUACAGUCUGAUCAGAUGUCUCGGCUGGCUUCCUGCAAGCUUCCAGGCCCUGCAAACUCCCUGCAACAAGCUCCGCCUCCCCGGCUGGAUUUCUUCUACAAGCUCCGCCUCCCCGGCUGGAUUUUUCCCCACAAGCUCCGCCUCCCCGGCUGGAUUUUUCCCCACAAGCUCCGCCUCCCCGGCUGGAUUUCUUCUACAAGCUCCGCCUCCCCGGCUGGAUUUUUCCCCACAAGCUCCGCCUCCCCGGCUGGAUUUCUUCUACAAGCUCCGCCUCCCCGGCUGGAUUUUUCCCCACAAGCUUCGCCUCCCCGGCUGGAUUUUUCCCCACAAGCUCCACCUCCCCGGCUGGAUUUUUCCCCACAAGCUCCGCCUCCCCGGCUGGAUUUUUCCCCACAAGCUCCGCCUCCCCGGCUGGAUUUUUCCCCACAAGCUCCGCCCCGUGAAGCCAGCCUCCUGUGAAUUACCAGCCUGCUCUCCACCCAGCCGUGCUGCUGCCCAGCGGAUAGGAAGACGAUUUCUUCUGCACGUGGUGUUUUUUUUUGGGGGGGGGGGGGAGGUGAGAGGCCCUUUUUUAUUUUAAGCUCUGGGCACCUCGUUCAUUUUGCCUUUCCCCCGCCCUGUUAGCCGUGCGCCCCCAGCCCAAUGGCCCUUGUGGGGGGCGGUUGGGUUUUUUUGUUUUUUUGUUUUGGACGGAGAAGCAUUUUUGUGUGCGCGGCGGGUGGGGGGGCUCGCCCCCGCCCCCAUUUCUGAAUGUAUCUUUGGACAAGAAUUGGAAAGACGAAAUCCGCCAGCCCCUCCUGGCACGGGCUGCGGCGUGGCCCCGAGCCAGUAAAGCUCCAGUCACGCUCGCUCGCUCUCGAGAUCUCUCUCUAUUUUUUAAAACCCGAGAAGCCGUUGAAUUUCCUGUGACCGAUCCCCACCCGCAGAGGGGAGCGACUUCGCUCUCACAUGCAGCUGUACAGAUUUCGGAGGGGAGGGAGACGUCGUUCGUUUGUUCGUUUUCGUUUUUUUUUUAAUUUGGGCUUGACUAUUUUUUUUGGUUUUGUUUUAAUUGCGCGUAUGGAUCUGUUGUUUCUUUGUUUACAGACCGUCUCUGGGGCGUUUGUGUCUCACGGGACGGUAGCCACUACACAGGGUACCUUUCCGAGUCGAAAUCUUCCCGAGGAGGAGACGUUUUUAUUUCAUUCCCCUCCCCUUGGAAAUCAGCGUGCGGGAGGGGAGAGAGUUCCCCCGGCCUUCGCGCGAGACGACACGAAGCUUUUUCCCCGGUUGUGGCAAGCCAGGAACCGCGUGGAAGGCGUCACGCCGAACGGCCGGAUCACGGUUUCUUGCGUGUGUUCUUCCUCCCCCGCCCCCCGGAUUGUUGUAUUUUUAUUUUGUUUCCGAACCAGUGCAGCUUUGGGGGUUAACCCCCCCCAACCCGUUGGGUUUCCGUUUGUUUUUUUUUAAACGUUUGUGGUUUAUGAAUUUUUCAAUCGACCAAAUGGCAAAGACACUUGUGUUUUUUUCCUUUUUUAAGAUGUAUGUCGAAGAUUGGGGUUGUUUUUUUGGGGUCAGGGACCUCUUUUGUUUUGGUAGGCCCUACAACAAAUACUGUGAGGUUCCAUGGUUACUGUGUUAGUGGCCUUGGCCCCGUCAAUGGAUCAAAGGACACAGGAUUUGGAUGUGACCUGAUCUGGUUUCUCACCCUCCUCCCCCAUCAGUCAGUAUUGGCCUGUAGCGGCCUCGGCACGGUCCGCGUGCAAUAGGCCGCCGAAGGAUUUACCCCCCGCCCCUGUUUGCUGUGUGUCAGAAACCCCGCGGUGCCGGUGGGGGCGAGCGAGGGGCCAGCGAGGUUCCCGGGGGAACCAAUGAGCUGACGGCUUCCCGGCUCCGGCUGGGAUCCCUCCCCCCCCCUUUGGGACUCUCGGUGCAGCGGGGGACAAUCCGGCGCCCCGGGAUCUCCAGCAGCCGGCUCGCCCCAAUCCCGGGCCACCCCACGGACCCGGCUCAGGUAGGCAGCGACCAGGAGCCACCGUUGGUGUUGGAAUUUGCCACAAGAAUGUAUUCAGUGAUUCGGCGCUCUCGGACCGUUCCAGCUAAGGGCUGUCUCCCCGGUUCGCUCCCCCCACCGCCCCCGGCCUGCUAGCGACCGGGGGCUGCAGCGGGCCGGGCCGAACCAAAGUCUCCUCUGGCCCACGGUGGAGACCAGCCCCCGGAAGGACGUUCGUUAUCCACCGCGGAGGGGGGGCGCGUUUCCUGCAGCAUUUGCCUUAUCUUCGUAUUGGUUGUUCUCCCCCUGCACCCCGCCGAAGAAAAGGGAACCCGACCCCGCGGCCGGGGCAGUAUUAGCCCGGGGGCCAGUUGGCCGCCGGGCCGGACGUGGGGUUUCUAUCUAGCAAUAACGAACUGGACUCGAGCGCUUGCCACGGGCCGUGCCAAGGCGCGUCCCACGCCGGCCUCGGGCGCGUGGUCGGGCCGGGGGGAGGAACCGCCCCCCCCCCGCCCCGGUUCAUUGUGUGUCGCUCGCGCCCGCGUGGAAUUAAAGUUUGUAGAUAUUUCCUG